AUGUCCGCCCCCGCCACCCCAACAACCCUCUCCCUCCUCACCCUCGCCCACCCCCCCACCGCCGCCGCCACCAUCCACGCCACCAAGCUCCACCGCAAGCCCCUCUAUCUGCACCCCACCACCUCCACUACCACCACCACCACCGACGCCCGCACCGCCCGCCAAACCGCACGCGCCUCCUCCCACCCCACCACCCACCGCAAGCCCCGCCCACUCACAGCGCGCGAGAAGCGCGCCCUACGAAUCCACCACCCCCCCAAGUCCGCGUCCUACGCCACGUUCGCGCCGCUGCACGAGCUGUGGGUGGGGUACAUGCGCGAGGUGCUCGGCGCCAACUGCGCUGGCCUCGGGCAGGCGCAGAUCGGGGCGCGGCUGGCGAGCGCGGACUAUCAUGGGGCGGUGCUGGAGGUUGUGCGCAGCAGGUGUGUUAGUAGGGUGGGCGUCAAGGGAGUGUGUGUGAAGGAGACGAGGGGGAUGUUUUUUUUGGUCGGGGAGGGGGGGGAGGUUAAAGAGAUACCGAAAGAGCACACGGUAUUCCGGUUUGAAUUGCCGCUGCCGGAGGAGAACGAUGCUACUACCCCGGCACUGGCGGAUACUACGACGGCCCCGGGCCCGGCGACUACAUCAGAGACCACGCUAACUACGGCGGCGGCACCGGCGGAGCCCAGGCGCAUGGUAUUCGAGCUGCACGGCCAGCAGUUCAUGUACCGCGCUGCCGAACGGGUGGGAAAGAAGUUCAAGAAUAAGCCGUUGGCGGAUCUAUAG